AUGCAGGGUUUUUGGCGCUUGCCCCCCGGGCUGAGCCCCCCGCUUGCCCUCCUGCGCCCUGCAGUCCAUCCGAUGGCGCCCAUGUCGCUCGGCACGCAGCUGGCGGGCCUGGCCCCCACGCCGGUGCGCGCCGCCACCGGCGCUCGCUGCCAGCAACGGGCGUCUGCGGUGCCCACCCUCAGGUCCGCUACCAAGGUUGCCGCUUCAGCAUCGGGCUUCGACUUCACCCCGGAGCAGCAGCGUGCGGCUAUGGAGAAGCAGCUGAGGCUCUCUGCAGAGCGCGCCGCAGCAGAGGAAGAGCGCAAACGGCAGGCCGCCGCCAGGGGUGCGGCAGCCGCCGAGGCGCCUAGCGUCAUCCCCAAGCGCAAGCAGCCCAGGCGUGCCGCUCGGCUGGCUGCCGCCGCGGCCGCCGCAAAGAACGGCGCGGCCGCGGCGCAGCAGAGCACUGCGGCGCAGCAGCAGCUGGCCGCGCGGCUUGGGGAUCUUGAUGAGCACACCAUGGCCGCUGCGCUGCGUGCGCAGCUCAAGCAGUCGGGCACUUUUGACGAGGCGGACCCCACAGAGCUGCUGGCGCUGGAGGUCAGCCGCCGCACCGGCAACGGGGCCGCGCACCGCGCCGCCCGGGGCGGCGCCGGCGCCAAUGGCGCCGUGCACGGCGCGCCUCUGGCCGCGGGCAGCAAGAUCGCGGCGGCCGAGGCGGCGGUGUUCGAGGAAGGGAGCCUGCGCGUCGGCGCCGGGGAGGGCGCCAACCUGGAGGAUAUGCUAACGGCCUGACGACCCAGGCUCAGCUGGGCAGCACAAGGGCUUGAGCUGCGCAGUCUAUGUAUGCAUCUCGCCUGUUGCUGCGGCUGGAGCCGCAGCUCUGCUGGCGCCUGCUGGGCAGGAGCGCCAAGUGCCAAGAACUUGAGAUGAGAAGAGAAGAAGAGCCCGAGACUGAUCCAUUGAGCACUGUGCUGCUGGAAUGCAGCGCCAUUUUUCUCGCCAUGCAACCUUCCAUUGCCCGCUGCUGCACCACCAACACGCACUUGUGGCGGCAGCGGUUGCCGUGCGUGGCUUUGAUUGUGCAGCGCCUGCUGCUCGUGCUUGCACCCAUUCUUGCGACCGUUUCCAAGGUCCGAUUUUGUGCCGCCAUCCAUUCAUGUGUACCAUUCAUGUGUUCAUUGUGUACCAUGCAUUUAUCUUGCCCCUUGGUUGUUUUUGGAGAUCUACCCCAGGCUCGAGGCUCCUGAGCCCUGCCAACACCUUCUUAGCACAAUCAUCGUUUGCCGGUCGUCGGCGCCACACCCUCACUGCCAUCUGUGCUCUUCAUCCAUCACCAGCGUACCCUUUCAGAGACAGCGCCGCUGUUCCCUUUGUUGAGCCUGUUUCAUGCUGCCCAUGUAAUGAACAUGGGACGGAC